AUGACAUAUAUUUUCAUUUUACUUUUUUUAUUGAAAUUAUGGCAAAAAUUAGAUUGUCAGUUUUGUUAUUUUAGAAGAAAUAAGAGUAUUAUUUUAUGUUCUAAUAUAAAAAUCAAGAAUAGAAAAAAUUAUUAUUAUUACAAAAACAAACAUUAUAAAAAUGAGGAGAAAAAUAUAUUUAAUAUAAUAAACAGGGUUUGCUUUAAUUCAUUAAAGAAAGAGGGUUAUGCAAGUAAGAUUUUCAAACUCCAAAAAAAUUAUUUUAAUUACUUGUUAUAUAAUUAUAAAACUAAUCAUACAAAUACAUUUUCAUAUAAUAAUGAUGUAUAUAGUAAUUUUUUUUGCAGAAUAAUUAAAAUUAAUCUACAAAAAAUAGUGUCACAGUUUUUAAAAAGAAAAAAAUAUACAUAUUCUAAGAAAAAAAUACUAUUUAUUUCAAAUAAAGUAAAUAUAAAAAAUGAAAAGUAUAGUUAUAAAAUUAUUUAUAAUGAAAGAAAUAGACUUAAAAAAUAUAAGUGUAUAAUAAGGAAAUACUGUGAUGAAAAUUAUAAUACUUUGGCAUAUAAUUCAUUUAGGAAUAAUAUCUUAAACAUAAAUAAAAAAGAAAAAUAUAAUUUUUCUGAAACAUGUAAUAAUAAUGAUUAUUAUUUUCAUAGUAAAAAUAAUAUAGGAGUAAAUGAUAAUUAUAUUUUUACUAAAUUUUAUCUUUUUAAUGCUUUAAAAAAUAGUUUAAUAUAUAAUUACACUGAAAAUGAAGUCAUGAACAAGUUAUUAAAAGAAAUAAAUUUUUUAUUUUAUAAAUUAUAUAAAAUUAAUUCAGAUUGUUUUGAAAAAAAAAGUGAAUCAAAAGAAAAAAUUAUUAAAAUUGAGAAUAUAAAUAAACAAAGUAUUUCAGAAAAUACAAAAUAUGAUGAAAUAUAUUCAGAUUCUAUUAAUGAUGUAGCAUAUUUAAAUAUAAAUAAAGGAGGUAUUUUUUUUAAAAAUAAUUGUGCAAAUACUAAAAAUUAUUUUAUUUGCUCUUUUCAUAAUAAUAAGAGUAAAAUUAUUAUUAAAAAUUGGUUGUACCCUUUAUACUUUACUUUUAUUAACCAAUGGGUAGGCAAAAUUGUUAAUUUUCUAUUUAAAGAAAAUUGCUCAAAUAAAGAAUUUUCAAAAAAUAAUUUUAUCAUUAAAUGCGAAAAUAAUAUUCAAAAAAAAUUAUUUUUUCAUUUACAAUGUUUUUAUUUCCUUUUUACUAAAGAAAAAGAUGAUAAUGUCUAUAUAUGUAAUAAUUCUACACAUAAUUAUAGAAACAGUAGUUAUAUAAAUAAAAAUAAUUAUAAUAAAAUUAACUCACUAGAAAAUAAAGAAAAAAGCAUGAAUAAAGAAUAUACAAAUAAGGAAAACUUAAAUAAAGAUAUAAAGAAUAUUAGUCAAAAUGAUAAUAUAAAUAAUAUAGUAAAUAAAAAUAUAAUUAUAUACAUUUAUAGAAAUAAUGAAGAUAUAGAAAAACAUUAUAAAUAUUUAAAAAAUAUAUACAAAAAAGAUUCUGUUAGUUUCUUUAAUUAUGACAAAUAUAUACACAGUGAUAAUUCUUUUUUCAUUAUGUUAUUAUCUUAUGAAGAAUUUUUUAAUAUGUCUUUUCUUUAUAGUCAUACCUUUGAAAAUUUUAAAAAAUAUAUAAAUAGCAAAACAAAUAUUUCAGAGAAUUGUACUAAUUUAUUUCAAGUUUUUUUAAAUUUACUUAUCUAUUCAUCUUGUGGGGAUAAAAAAAUACUUAAAAAUUCACAAAAUUAUAAGUUUAAAAUUUUUUUGGAUAAUUUCAAUUUAAAAUAUAAUUAUGAAAUAAACUUAAUUGAAAAAAAUAUAUAUGAUCAUCUCUUCUCUUUUAUAAAUAUGAAUGAAAGAAUAACUUUUUAUUUUUUAUCAACUGAAAAUUUUAAUUUAUUAUUAUUUAAAAUUUGGAUAUCAAGUAUUCAUAAAAAUUGUUCUAUUUUAAAUUUAAUAAAAAAAAAAAACUUUUUUAUUUUACAUAAAAAAAUUAUUCUUAAACUUGAUAAUAACAAUAUUGAUAGCAAUAAUAAUAAAGACAUACAAUUAAAUAAUGAUAUAAAAAAUGAAGAAAAAAUCAUAUUUAAUUUAGUAAAAAGCAAAAAAAAAAAUAUUAUAAAUAAACAAGUUACUAAGAAUUUAUUAAUAUUUAAUAAUUGUAGAAAAAAUAUUAUUGUAAAAUAUUUGAAAGAGAAUAAUUUAUAUAAUAUUAAUAAAUUAAAGAAAAUAGAUAAAAAAAUUAAAAGAAAGUUCAAUAUAGCUAAAAGAUAUUUAAAAAAAAAAAAAAUAUAUAAUUUUCAUAUCUCUCAUUAUAUUGAUUUUAUUAUAAAUAAAAAUAAGAAAGGAGAUAUAUUUUUUAAAAAAAUUAUUUGUCCUUCUUAUAUUUUAAAAGAAGAAAAUUUGCAGAAUAAUGAUAAAAUCCAUUUAUUAACGAAUAAUUUGUGUAUUGCUUAUAAUAACUCGGCUCUCAAUAAAAAAAAGGAAUACUUAAAUUUUUUUGAAUCAAACAAAGACUUAAUUAAUUUAGAAAAUAAAAAUGAAAAUUUAUGUUUUCAGAAAGAUUAUAAAUUGAAUGAUUUAAAAAUAAGUAAAAAAAGUAAAGGAAACAAGGUUACAAAUGGAAAUAAUAGUUAUCCACUAGAAGAGAAGAAAUUUAUAAAUAAUGUUUCAAUAAGGUACCAAACUGAUAUAACACUUCAAAAAAAUAUAAAUGAUUAUAUGAAAUAUAAUUUUUUUUAUUUAGAAAAGGAUGAUUUAAAAAAAGAAUCUAGUAUAAUGGAUAACACUAAAUUCACUAAAAUAUAUCCUUGUAUCUAUUAUAUAUUUAAUAUAGAAAAAUUUGUUCUUUUUUCUAAGGAUUUAUAUGAAAAGUUAAAUUUUUUAGAUGAACAGUUAAUAAAAAAAUGUGAAAAUAUUUUAAAAAAGUAUGAAGGAAAAAUAAAUAUAAAUUCUGAAUUUAAAAUGCAUUUAUUCAAGGGAUUAUUUUUGGUUUCAAAAAAAUUCAAUAUAUUUGAGAAAUUUUUAAUUAAAGAGUUAUUAAAAAAUAAAUUAAUCAAGAUUAUUUUAUCAAGUAUUGAUAUUUCAUCAGAUGGUUUUUCUGUUCAAAGCGUGUUCUUGGAAGGUGUUCAUAUACAUAUUAAGAAAAAAUUAAAAUAUAAUUACUUGAUUGAUUUAAUAAAUAAAUUACAUGAUGAAACAUUUUUUUCAUUUCCUGAAAUUCAUGAGAAAAAUAAUAUAAAUGAAACUCAUAGUAAUAUAGAAAAUGAAUCAAAAAAACUAGAAAGUAAUGUAAAUAUCUCAGAGGACAUGUAUAGAUUACAUUUUGUUAAAUAUUUUAUGUAUUUAAAUUUUAUACAUAUUUUUAAAAAAUAUACUUUAUCAAAUAAUGAUAUGUUAAAUUUAUCUAAAAACUCAACUAACUUUUUUCUAAUUCCUCAAAAAUAUGAAGAUAUCUCAAUAAUUUUAAAUACAAACAAUGAUAAUUAUUUAAAUUUUUCAAAUAUGCAUAGAUAUUUAAUUAGAGAUUUUUAUUUUAAUUUACAUUACUAUAUCGUUACUAAAAAUAUUUCUAUUCACUUGAAUUUUUUGAAGGAUUUACAAGAUGAUAAAAAAUUAGAUCAGGAAUUUUUAGUUAAUGAUUCCAUAGAGAAUACAUAUAAUAAGAAUUAUAAGCAUUAUAACAUGUACAAUUAUACUGAAAAAAUUGAUAUAGAUAGAUUAAGUAUGGAAAAACAUUUUGGUAGUAAAUUGAAUACAUAUAAAUUUUUUAAUAAUUACUUUAAUAAAGCUUUUGAUAGAGAUCUCUUCACGUUCAUCAGCAUAUAUAAUACAAUAAAUUUGUCUCUAGACUUUUAUAAAAUUUACAAAUUUAAGCAAUUGAAUGAGUUUCUAUUUGUAAAUAAUUAUAUAAAUACAUGUAAUAAUUUAUCGUAUUUCAUAAACUAUUAUGAAUUUCUAUUUUUCUAUUUUUUAAAUAAUAAAAAUUUAAAGAAAACUUCUGAAAGUAGCAAACAUAAUUUUUUCAAUUUUUUAAUAAUGAAAAGAGCUAAAUAUGAAAAAGAAUUUAUAAAACAUAAUAAAGAACACAAAUUAUAUUUUUAUCAAAAGCAAAUGAAGAAAAUAAAUAAAUAUUUCGAUGAACACUACGUUUAUAUGUAUUAUAAUACAUAUAUAAAUUAUAAUAAAUUAAAAAAAAGAUACACAAAAAAGUUAAAAACAUUAUAUAAAGAAAAGUAUGAGAUGCUCUAUAUAAAUAUAAAAAAUAAUUUAAAAAAAGCAGUUCUGAGUACAAUUGAUAAAAAAUUAUGUAUAAUUUUAGACAUAUAUAAAGUAAGCAAAACAUAUGUUGAUAAUUUAUAUAUUUGUUUGAAUAAUGCAAAUGAAUUAUUCAUUUGUAAAAUAUUUUUCUUUACUGCUUUUGUGAAAAAUGAUAAAUUUUAUAAAGCUAUUAUAAAAAAAAAAAAAAAAUUUAACUAUUUUGACCACCUUUUUAAUAGAAGAGACAUAAUAAGCUAUAAAAUAUAUAUUAAAGAAUAUGAUUUUCUUUUCGAUAUACAUAAGAUAAAAAAUGAAAGCAAAAAAAGUAUUAUUUCUAAUAAAAAAUAUAUAUUUGAAAUUUUUGUUAAUAAAAUUAAUUUAAAUAAUGAAUUCAAUAGAGAAGAAAAACAAGACUACUACAAAUUAAAGGAAAAAUUUCAAAAUGAAAAUAUAGAGAAAGUGAUGGACAUAUAUGAUAUAUUAUCUAAUUCUUAUAAUGAAAAUAUUUAUGAUAUGCAUAAUAAUAUGAUUCUGUUUUUAAAGAAAAUGAGAAAUAUGAAAAAAGAUUUAUAUUUGCAAUAUUUAAAAAAAAUGGAUAUACAUAAAAAGAAAAAAAAUAAUUUGUUUUAUUUUUCUCUACAUAAGUUAAAUGAAUAUUAUAAUUUGGAAUUAUAUAAUAAGAGUGAAGAAAAGAAAUAUGAUUACAUAAAAAAAAAGAAGAAAAAAAUUAUUAAUGAAAAAUCUAAUGAGUUAUCAAAAUUUAUAAAAGAAGAAGAUUAUUCUUAUAAUAGUGAAAUAAUAACAAGACAAUAUUUUUACAAUAAACUACUUAGAAAUAAUGAAAAAAACAAAAAGAUUAAAAUAGUUGUCUACAGUAACUUAAAAAAUUUAAAGAAAAAUAUAUCUAAUGAUUAUAAAUUGAAAUGUUCUGAAAAAAAGAAUAAAAAAAUAUUGUUAGAUUUUAAAGACGUUGAUUUCCUAAAUUUCUAUAAAAAAAGAAAAAACAUAGGAAAUAGAAAUAAUUAUUUAAAUGAAUUAAAUCACAUAAAUCGAAUAUUUGGAAAUAAAAAUAGCACAUUUAAUGAGGAAUUUCACAAUAUAUUUUUAUUUCUUCAUAAUUUUGAUUUAAUAGAUAAAUUAAAAAAAUUUAUGAAUCCUUAUAUAAAAAAUUCUUUAUGGAUUUAUACAAUAACUUUAUAUAUUAAUCACAUGUAUUCAUUAAACCAAAAUGAAAUUAUUUCGAAUCCUGAACUACUAAUUAUAAUUUUAUAUAUUUGUUUUUAUGAGAAUAAAUAUGAUUAUCUAAAUAAUUAUAUAUCAUCUUUUCAUAUAUCAAAUAUUUAUUUAAAAAAUAUUGUCGCUGAUAUUUAUGUAUACAAAGAAUUAUUAUCCUCUCUUCAAUUUAAGUUUAAAAUUAAUAUAGGAAUUACAUUUAAUUUAAUAGAUUUGUGUGAAGUAUUUGAGUCACUAACUAAAUUGAAAAAAAAGAGCUUCAAAGAUAUUAGUGAAAAUAUAGUAAGAAUUUUAACGAAGUUGAAUAUCAUAUUACAUAGUGUCUCUUCUAAUUUCAAUAAAAAUAUUGGUCAAAUUAUUUUAAACUUUAUUAAUUAUAUUAAUGAGAUGAAAAAAUAUAAAGAAGUAACAAACACAUACUUAUAA